AUGGAGGAGGCACAAUUCCUGAAAUGGUCAAAAGAUGGUAAUAGCGACGAAGAUCUCUCUAAGAGACUUGGCCUCAACAAAGCAGGAGACAAGGUGUUUGAGAGCCCAGUGUUUAGUACUUGGGUUACUUGGGUCACCUAUCUGAACAAGCAAAAUGCCGAUCCAGAUCUGGCCAUGUUCUCGAUCCUGCGAAAACGAUUCGGUGUUGAAGGUUUGUCGAACGUAGUCACGAGCGCGACAAAGCUUGAGAGUACGAGUGCCAAAGAGAUCGCAGAGAAGUUACAGCUGGAAAUCUGGCGGACGAAUGCGAAAAGCUCAGAUGGCGUUUUCAAUCGUCUUAAAUUGAACGAGAAAGGCGACGAUAUUUUACAAAGUCCUGCAUUAAGCACGUGGGUUGAAUAUGUGCUGAGAUUAAGCAGUUUCAAGAAGGAUAAAUUCCUGCCUAUCACGGAAUUGGAGAAACGUUUCGAAAGUGAAAAACUGGCACGAAUGUUGGCCAGUUCGAUAUCGCGGAGCAAGGAGGGGGUUAUUGACGACUUGCAAGAGUUGCAUUUCGAGAACUGGCGGGCGCUCAAGAUAGGCUCACUUAAAAUCAAUGUCAUAUUUCUUGGGAGCAACUUAGCCAACGCAAGAGUGAGAUCUGAUUUCAAAACGUUCGCCUCUAAAAACAAUGUCGGAUGA